GCAAAAUCACUAGGCCUUUUGGAUAGAGGAUCUAGAGGGCGUGGGGGACGUGGUUCAGUGUUGAGAGGAAGGAGUUUCCGUGGAAGAGGUUCUCGGAAUCUUACAUCAGUAGAUCACCGACCGAGGAAAAUUAUUGUAUCUGGGACUGAAGAAGUUAAAAAAGAUGAUAUGCACAUGCAUUUUGUGCAAUUUGGAGAAAUUGAGAGUGUAGAAGAUACUCAGAAUGGUAUUGUCGUAGCUUUCAAGACAAGGAGGGAUGCAGAAAAGGUAAUAAUUCCUAAAGAUAUCUCCUAUUUGUCCACAACCUACCAUUAUGAUG